AUGGCCCGCAUUCCCACAGCUCGACGCACCAUGAGGCCGCAGCGGUCUGGCGACGGUGCCUCCGGGUCCACUGUGCGAGUGGCGUGCAGCUCCUGCCCGGCGGCGGCGUCGUGGUUCGUCGUGGGCGCGGCCCAAACACCGUCAAAGAAACGGGCGGGGAAGUCGGUGGGGUCCGCCGGCGCGGAGAAGCGCGACGGCGCCCAUGACGGCGGUGUGCGAACUGCGCAGCUUCGCGUACGCCUUCUCCAGCAGCGGAGGCCAGACAACCCACUCGGGCCCGCCGGGCUCGCCGGCGCCAAGCGGGGUGCAGCUGUCAGCAAUCACAUUCGCUCCGCAGCCGUGUUUGCUGAGUGCCACGCGGUGGGCGCCACGCGUUUCCUCCAUUCCCUCCCGCAGGAAUGGGGAGGCAGUCCCGCCAGGAAGCCACUGCGGCACACGAAUGGCAACGCGCACGUGAACCCAGAGUCGUCCGCGUGGCCCGUGACGUGGCACUCGAGGCGAGGUUUGCUACGAGGCUCUGGGAAAAUGCGGGCGGGUCGCCCGGCUGCAGGGCAAUCCUCGCCGUGUUCGUGUCAAUCCCCGCAUCCUGCAGAGACUGCGAGAGUAGUGCGUAGAGGGAAACAAAAAAUUCACUUCACCGUGAAACACUUUCCUGCGGCAGCAGCAGCCGUGCAAAACACCCCCCUCCGUGCAGCAGCUUGA